AUGGAUGCGCGCCGACAGAAGCGACUUGGCCCAGCGCCAAUUGCAUCGUUCGAAAAGUCAUUUGAGGACAAUACCACAACAAAAAAACAACAACAACAACAACAGCAACAGAGUCCCAACGCCAACGCCAACGCGAGCGAAGCGCCAAGCAUAACGGGUGCACUGGCCAGCAGCAGCUCCUCGUCCUCAUCCUCCACGUCCACCGUGUCGUCGGCCACCUGCUCCGCCAAUGCCAGCAUCGUUGCCAAGCAACGCCCGCCGCCGCUCAAAACGGCAACGGCCACCGUCACCACGACCCUGGUCAGCAGCAACGAGGGCGGACAGCCGCUGCCAAUCGUGGCUAUCGGAGCCGGUGCAGCUGGCGGUGCUGCGGUUAGCGCUGCUGGCGGUGCUGCACGCUAUCGCGGCACUGCGACAUUGACCACGCCCUCAACGCCACGCAUCGAGCUGAGCCGCGCCUCCAGCUCGUCCCACCACGAGGAGGACAGUCGCGAGAGCAGUCCGGAGAACGUGUUCGAGCAGGUCGGCACUGGCACCCUACAGGAAACCAUUGGCCUCGGUUUUCGGGAGGAGGGGGCCUUAGAGUUGCGCAGCUCCACCGAAGAGCUCUUCUUUAUGGAUCCAGAGCAGAAGAAAGAGGAGCAGGAACGCCUGCAGCAGCAGCAACAACAGGCGAAGCGUACGUCGCCGCACAUCUUCAAGUUCGACGAGCACCAGAGCUAUCUGCAGCAGCAUCAGCGCAAGGACUCGGCCAGCUCCGAGGUGGCCGCCCUGCUGUGCAUCUCUGGCCGCACCAGUCGCAUCUCGAGCGUGGGCAGCCAGGGCUCGGCCGUCAGCCGCCUGUCGGCGGUCUCUUGCGUAUCGCGCUCACCGUCGCCGCAUCGCAUGCUGCUGGAGACAUCAUUUUGCGGACCAAAGCCCGUCGAGGGCACGGCAGACGGCGCCGUUAGCACCGGUGGCAGCAAUGCCUCGACAGCGCCCAGCUCCGCCCAGAGCCUGGGCGAGGCGACGCUGGCCGUGGAACAGCUGCUGCUGGCACGCACCAGGCAUGAUCCCACCCAGGCGGUGCUGGCCGAGGGCAUACAGCUGCAGCCGCCCAGCACAGCAGCACGCCGCAACAAGCCCACCAGUCUGGCCAAUGGCAAUGACAGCAUGCCCAGCACCAGCACAGCCAGGCCCAGCGCCGGCGUCGGAGUCGGCGGAGUCAUGGGCGCCCAGCGGCGCAGCACCAAGAGUCCCGGCCAGAUGGUCGUGGGCAAGACGGCAAGCGGCACCGAAUACAUACGCAUCAAUCUGCGUCCGGAUCACAUGUACAGCGACAAGGGCAUUGCGGCCAACGAGCGCGUCGUGGAGGCGCCCAAUCAGCUGGCGCCCGUCUACUCAAAGAGCUCGCAGUCGCAGUCGAAGCCCGCCUCGCUCAGCCUGCAGGGCAGCGGGCUGGACGAGAAUCGUCUAACGCCAACGGCCAGUCCGAAGCCAUCGCGGCAUGUGAUGCGCCUGACCAGUCGCUCACCCUCGCCGGCGGCGCCCGGCUUGGCCUCAGUCUCCCGGAAGAGUUCGUUUAGCUCGCUGUUCCGGCUCGGCAAGGACUCGCCGGACUCGCCGCGCGAGGCCAGCCGUUCGCGCAGCAAGAGCAAAGAACGUCCAUCGACGGCGAUGGCCCUGACCCAUGGCCCCAGCGCCGGACCCGGCACCGGCUCGCAGAAUGUGACGCCCAGCAAACAGAAAUCGGUGCUGGCCAUUUUUAAGCCGGGCAAACGGGGCAGCAGCGCCGGCACCGAUGCCACCAAAAGCUCCAAGAGCUCCUCGCCCAUCGAUUGUGCUGAACCGCCGCCACCGCCGCCGCCAGCGCCCGGCUCCGGCGGACGCAAUCGCACGCCAGCCGGAUCAAGGCCCAACAGCCGGCUAAGGUACUAUGAUGAGCCCGUCGAGGGCUAUAUACACAUACCGCUGCAUACGCCGCCCGAGGAGCGGGAGGCGCGCACUCUGCUUCAGGAGAUACAGCAGCUGGUGGCGCCAUCGCCGCCGCCUAUGGAACGGCCGAGAAUCCUUGGUGCCGUCACAUCAGCCACCAUGCCGGCUCCAGCUGGUGCCGGUGCGCCCAUCACGGCCAGCCAGCUGGCCGCGGCGGCUGCUGCACUGCGUCCGGUUGGCCAGCGCAAGCCGGAGGCCGCACGGCCACGCGCCGAUCUGGAUGCGAUACAAACGCUGCCAUCGCAGGAGGAACUGGAAGCCAGAGAGACGCUGCACUCGGUCAGCGCCGUGUUGAGCGCACGAGCGGCCAAUCUGGGCCAGGUCGCGGAGCACAGAUCCGGGAACGGGGUGCGCGAGAAUGGGCUGGCUGAAAUGCAGCGGCUGCCCUCGGUGGACAGCACGCAGAGCGCCUGCGAGCCGCGCCUGGUGCAGACGGUGGCCACCGUCAAUGUGCCCACGGAGGAUUCCGCCGCCGCCAAGGAGCGGCGGCGUCUGCUGUUCGCGACGAGACUCGGCUCCGGCAGCCAGGAGCAGCUCUUCUCCACACAGUUCAGCAUCUCGAAGACGGAGAGCCAGUCCAGCCAGCUGUCCGAGCAGGUGCAGCCGCCAGACUCCGGCUCGACGGCCUCCGAUUGCACCACGGACGGACUGCAGCGCCAGGGCACCGUCAUCCGGCGCACGGAUGCCACAGCUCAGCCCACGGCGCCCUCCAGCUCCGAGGAGGAGCAGCCGCCCGCUGCCAUUGUUGUCAGCGCCGCUGUCGUCAUGCGUUCCAAGCACAAAUCCUGCUCCAACUCCGAGGAGGAAGCAGCUCCAACAACAACUCCGACUCCGACUCCGACUGCACCAGCAGCUGCCCCGGCCGCCGAUGUGCGACAUUCGCGCUACCUCGAGAGCUUCGAUGUGCGCAAAAAGUAUCACGAGAACGUGACUGAGAACGUGACUGGGAACGUGACCGGAAGUGUGACGGGAACUGUGCCACGCAAGCCCAAGCGACAGACCGUGUCGGAAGCGAAGAGUAAGUACAUUAAUCAAUCUCUCACCUAUGCAUGCAAAACAAUUCCGCCCGUCUGGCUAGCCAUGUCUUAUAUCCGGGUGCUAUCUAAUUCCGAGUCUCCGUAUUCCAAUUUUCUAGCAAGCGCCGCCGCAUUGCCAGAGCCAGAGACGGAACCAGAGCCGGAGCUGAAGCCGGAGCUGGCUAUGAAGCCCGAGCCGCGGGAGCUGUACGAGCUGGAGGCUUUGUCGCCGCCGCCGCCCGGCGAACGCUCGGAGCGGCACUCGACGGACGAGCACGAGCCGAUCGAGUCGUCGGAGAGCGAACGAGACUCGGAUAUGGCGGGCAGCUCGUCGAUGGCGACGGCGGUGCCGAUGGGCGCGGAUGCCAAGCGUCAUCAUUUUCCGCGCAACGUGUGCGUGAUCGAGGAGCACGAGAGCACCGGCCUGGUCUCGCAGGAGUCCUUCGACGACGAGCUGCCGUACGUGCCGACCACGCUGCCCGAGGAACGGGCCCAGGGCGUGCCGCUAAUCCCGAUGAAGGAGCGCGCCAACAUGGAGCUCAAGACCUGUCCCGUUGAUCGGCCGCGCUCAACCACGCCGCUGAAUCCCUCCCAUUUGGAGGAGUACUGCACGGGCAUUAUGACGCCACAGGAGCCGCCGCACGCUAGCCACGAACUGGAUCCGGGCUUUGCCGGGCCCGUGCGCGGCGAGAAGCUGCGCAUUAGCCUGCCGCGCAAGGACACGGCCGUCAAAGACAAGGGGCAGAGCACAAAGUCACCGCGCCGCAUCUCCAAUGCCAGCGGCAAGUCCUGGUUCGAGUUCGCCGAAGAGGGUCUGCGCGCCAACCACAAUCUGGAGCGCAAGGAUUCCAACAAACAGCUGCUCCCGGCCACACCACCUGCCCAGGGCCAGGGCCAGUGCCAAAGCCAAGCGCCUAGCAUGCCCGCCAGCCUGGAGGAGCCCAAGCCGAAGGCAUCGACACAGCGCAAGCUGUCCGGCCAUUGGAUUGACUUUGAGAACAUACCCGAGAAACGUAAGACGGCCAAGCGCAUCACCACGCUGCCCAAGGAGACAAUAACCACCACAACCACAACGGCCAUAACGAGCGCAUCCUCGGCCUCCGGCUGUGCCAGCGCACAUCGCAGCUCGUCCGGCCAUCCGCAUGCCCAUCACGGCCACGGCCACGGCCAUCACCAUCAUCAUCACCAGCAGCAGCAGCAACCGUCGCGCCAGGAUGCGGCAUCUGGGGACAAGCUGCACUACAACUAUGUCAAGCCCGAGGACUGCCAGUGCGAGUGCCACGAGGCGGAGCGUGGCGAAUCCUCAGCAGCCACAGCCACAGCCACAACCACCAGCAACACAGCCGACAAGGAGAAGGAUGUCAGCACUGGCACCGGGACUGGCACGGGCACGGGCAGCGAUUCGCUGGCUUCCGUUGAACUGCUGCAGCAGGGCGAGGAUAUGUUGCCGCUGAUCGAGCCCGAAGUGUCCGCGGAGACCAGAAUCUACUCAAAUGAGCCGCUGCCACCGCCAGCCCGUCACAGCAGCAAGAGCACAGGUCAAAGGAUGGAGGAGUUUCCACGUCGCGACGCUGCAUCCAGUUCCAGAAAUCGCAAGUUUCCCGAUAGAAAGGUAGCUAAAAAAUUCGUUCAAUAAGCUAAAGGCCAACAAAAAA